AUGCCUUGGACGCAGGACGGGGAAAAUGCCGGUGCUGCAUGGAAUGGAACGCGGUAUCGCGACGCUUCUGCUCCUCCUCCUGAUGGGAACGUGCCACAGAAGACCGAGUCCUUCAUAUUGGGCGAAAGUGAGAAGAAGAUAGAGGAAAAGGCAGAUACACGAACUCCAUCUACAUCAAUAUUUACUAUCAACAGAGAAGAUCAUACAAUGGGCAACCUUCUCCACAACCGUCUUUUACAAAACCGCCAUGUCACGUUUGCUGCGUACAAAGUGCCACAUCCCCUCGUUCACAAGGUUGAGCUUCGCGUACAAACAGAUGGCGAGAUAACGCCCAAGGAUGCUCUCCUAGCUGCCUGCCAUGACACUGUCAGGGACCUUGGUACGCUGUCACGUGAAUUCACCAAGGAGUUCGAGCUUCGAAAGAUGGUCGGGGCUUCUCAGCAUCAGAAUGGAACUCAAGACGGUAUUUGA